UCCUCCUCCUCCUCGCCGGGGCAGCGCUGGGCUUCGCUCCUUUGUGCUUCGCCGCCCUCCCCGAUUUCUUUAAUUGCUCUCACUGGCGCGCCGCUGCCGCCUUCUUCCCGGAGGCGGUGGGGGUCUGCGAUUUGGCCGGUGCCUUCCGCAAAGCUGCAGCCACCGCUAAAGCAUUGGAUCCCUCAACGUACUGCGAGAGCCCGGUGUACAGCCCGGACCUGUGCCCCAACAUGAUCGCCGCGCAGGCCAAGCUGGUCUACCAGCUCAACAAAUACUACACGGAGCGCUGCCAGGCGCGCAAGGCGGCCAUCGCCAAGACCAUCCGGGAGGUGUGCAAGGUCGUGUCGGACGUGCUGAAGGAGGUUGAGGUGCAGGAGCCGCGCUUCAUCAGCUCCCUGAGCGAGAUCGACGCCCGCUACGAGGGGCUGGAGGUGAUCUCGCCCACCGAGUUCGAGGUGGUGCUCUACCUCAACCAGAUGGGCGUCUUCAACUUCGUGGACGACGGCUCCCUGCCGGGCUGCGCCGUGCUCAAGCUGAGCGACGGCCGCAAGCGCAGCAUGUCCCUCUGGGUGGAGUUCAUCACCGCCUCGGGCUACCUGUCCGCCCGCAAGAUCCGCUCCCGCUUCCAGACGCUGGUGGCCCAGGCCGUGGACAAGUGCAGCUACCGGGACGUGGUGAAGAUGAUCGCGGACACGAGCGAGGUGAAGCUCCGCAUCCGGGAGCGCUACGUGGUGCAGAUCACGCCCGCCUUCAAGUGCACCGGGAUCUGGCCGCGCAGCGCGGCGCAGUGGCCCAUGCCCCACAUCCCCUGGCCCGGCCCCAACCGGGUGGCGGAGGUGAAGGCGGAGGGCUUCAACCUGCUCUCCAAGGAGUGCUACUCGCUGACGGGCAAACAGAGCUCGGCCGAGAGCGACGCGUGGGUGCUGCAGUUCGGCGAGGCCGAGAACCGGCUGCUGAUGGGCGGCUGCCGGAACAAGUGCCUGUCGGUGCUGAAGACGCUGCGCGACCGGCACCUGGAGCUGCCCGGGCAGCCCCUCAACAACUACCACAUGAAGACGCUACUGCUGUACGAGUGCGAGAAACACCCGCGGGAGACCGACUGGGACGAGGCGUGCCUGGGCGACCGGCUGAACGGCAUCCUCCUGCAGCUCAUCUCCUGCCUGCAGUGCCGGCGCUGCCCCCACUACUUCCUGCCCAACCUAGACCUCUUUCAGGGCAAACCCCACUCGGCCCUGGAAAGCGCUGCCAAACAGACCUGGAGGCUAGCCAGAGAAAUCCUCACCAAUCCCAAAAGCCUCGACAAGCUAUAGGGUUAACACGCCCGCGCACAAAAACUCGCCCUUCGUAAACAACAACAGGCGCCUAAAAAACUUUCUAUUUAACGCGAACGACGACGGAAAGAGGCGGCGAAAGACAGGCGCCCCCGCCACCCCCCCAGCCACCUGCAGCUCGGCCUUUAAAAACUUGCCGACGGUUCUCCCGGCAUAAGCUCUCACCGCCUUGCACAGAAAAAGGGAAGAGCCUCUCUCCUCCUGUCCUCCAAUGUGAAUUUUUAAAAGGUCACAAAAAGAAGCGAUCGGACUUUUGCAACUUCAAAACGAAACCCGAAAGGUACAUUUUCCAAUCCAUGUAUAGUCUUUUUCUUAUGCUCUCUUGUUUGCCUGAAUGUUGUCACCAAGUGAAAAAAUUAUUUAACUAUAUGUACAAAUCUCCCUUUAAAAAAGUUUUACUGAUGUUAAAUGUAUUUCGGUGCCAAGGUCAGAUUAUGUGCCCCACAACUGACUUGUUGCAAAUAGUAAUAAAAAUAUUACUUUAACUUUA